AUGAUUGAAAACACAGGAAUCGAACAAGCAUUUCAUUUGAGUGUCGAUGCCUUCUCGAAUGAAAAGAUUGAGAUUGCUCAAAGUAUUGGAAAGGAUUCCCUUAAGAUCUCUGCCCUCAGCUUUCAACCGGACAACCUUGUUGCACUUCUCUUACAAUACAGUCGCAUUGAACAACUAUGGAAGGGAACCAGACCCUUGUACAAGCUGAAAGUGUUAAACCUCAGAGAGUCCCCGAACCUGAUCAAGACUCCGGACUUCACAAUGGCCCCAGAUCUUGAAGUUCUGAUCCUGGAAGGUUGUACAAAAAUAGUUGAUGUUCAUCCAUCCAUAGCAGAGCUUAAGAGGCUUCAAAAUUUGAAUUUGAGAGGCUGCAAAGGUCUUAAGAAUCUUCCAACCAAAAUUGGAAUGGAAUCUCUUCAAACGUUCAUUCUUUCGGGUUGUUCAAAUCUUCUUUGGUUUCCAGAGAUUGAUUGCAAAAUGGAUUGUCUAAAAACUCUUGAUCUUUCCGGAUGUUAUAGAGUUGGAUUUUUGCCAGAGAGUUUGCAGCUAGCAGAGUUUUUGGAAGAGCUCGACUUGAAUGAAACGGCCAUAACGAAACCACCGUCCUGCAUUUUUCGACUUAAAAAUCUUAAAGUUUUGUCUUUCAACGGCCGCAAGGGAUCUUCAUCUAAGUUUCGAAGAAAUCUGCCUUCUCUCUUCAAAAAAAUCCAAAGAGGAAAGACGAAUUCAAUGGCUCUGAUGUUGCCUUCGUUGUCGGGUUUGAGUUCAUUGACAGAGCUGAAACUAAGGGACUGCAAUCUUUGUGAAGGAGAUAUUCCUAUUGAUAUUUCUUGUCUAUCCUCUUUGAAGAAACUCGAUCUCAGCAGUAACAAUUUCAUCAGCCUACCUGAUUCUCUUACUCGACUUUCCAAGCUUGAAGAUCUUGAAUUGAUGAAUUGCCGGGGGCUGAAAUCAUUGCCUGAGCUUCCAGCAAGUACAGUAAAUGUGAGCAUAGAUGAUUGUGCUUCUCUGGAACUAAUUGCUAGUCCGUCAAAAGUAUGCAGUUCAGGGAAGUGUGUGUUUUUUAUAGGUACCAACUGCUACAGAUUGGCUGAGAACAUUAAUGCAAUCAAGGUUGUUCAAUCUCUCUUUUUUGCUCAACAAAAUCUCGUACUUGCAAAUUCAAGAAAGUCGUUCGUUGUUAUUAUACCUGGAAGUGAAAUUCCGGAAUGGUUCAGCCAUCAAAGAGUCGACUCUUCAAUCAAGAUGCCACUGCCUCUCAAUAUUCGGAAUGAUAGUCAAUGUAUGGGAGUUGCUUUCUGCUGCAUUUUUGCCGGUGGCAAUUCUUCGUGGAAUGAUUUUAUCAGCUGUAAUGUUGUUAUCCAUUGUGGAGUACCUCGACGUGUUGAUCACGUUGGCAUUGGAUUAGGGAAAGGAUAUAAUCAGCCCAUAAAAAAUGACCACCUUUUUCUUUGUUAUUUGCGGCGUGACGUGUUAUAUCCAUAUUUCUUGGAGAAUGAAUGUGGUGAAAGUGAAACCGAGAAUACAUCAACACCGGAUUGCUCAAAUCAGGAAUGCGAUGUACUUGAAUUGUUAUUCAUAUGUAAGGCUUGUGGCAAAGGUGUUGGGGUGAAGAAAUGUGGGGUUGGGAUAGUGUAUGAGAAAGAUUUGGAAGAUCAACAACAGAGCAACACAUGUUGA